GAAAAGUGGCGAGAUUUGGUCGGUUUGCGCCAUGAACGAGGACCGGACGUGCUCGAUUCGCAUCUGCCAGGACGGGCACGCGAAUGCGCUGGCGUUGAAUCGCGAAUCGACGCAGAUUGCCGUGGCGGGUCGUUCUCUGCUGAAGGUAUUCUCAAUCGAGAAUGAUGGCUUUACUGAGGUGUGCAACAUGCGUGGAGGCAAGAACCAGAAUUUGAGCACCUCCUCGAACGACGUGGCCUGGAGUGCGCUGGACUCCAAUAUCCUCGCUACGGCGGCCACAAACGGAGUGGUAUCGGUGUGGGACCUAUCGAAAUUUGGUCGGCAGAAGCAACUUCUGGUGUACGCCGAGCACGAGCGCACAGCCCACUCGGUGGCGUUUCACGGUGCCGAAGCGAAUCUGCUUAUUUCCGGGUCCCAGGACGGGACGAUAAAGUGCUUCGACCUGCGCACGGACAAGACCGCCAUCAACACUUACUUUAGCAAUUCGGGGCUGGACCCCGUGCGGGACGUCAAGUUUAGUCCGCACGCGCCAAACACGUUUGCGGCGGUGUCCGAGAACGGGACGGUUCAGCUGUGGGACAUUCGCAAGAAUGAUCGAUGUACGACGCAGUUUACGGCGCACAGCGGACCGAUCUACACGUGCGAUUGGCACCCGCAGCACCAGUGGCUAGCCACCGGAAGUCGGGAUAAGCAGAUUAAGAUCUGGAACACCAAUCCGAAAAAUUCUUCGUUGGAGAACCCGAAAAAUGUUUCGCUCGAGUACAGCAUUCACACGAUCGCCGUUGUGGGGCGGGUUCGCUGGCGGCCGGACAAAAUGUACCACAUCGCGAGCUGCGCCCUGGUCGUGGACAAUAACAUUUACAUCUGGGACGUCCGUCGGCCGUUUAUUCCGUACGCCUCGUUCAACGAACACUCGAACGUGACGACCGGCAUCGCCUUCAAGGGAAACGAUUCGCACAUCUUGCUCUCCACGAGCAAGGACUCGACAGUGUUCAAGCACAUGUUCAAAGACGCGGCCAGGCCUGCGUUGAGAGCGAAUCCGCAAGGAGCUAGUUUCAACUAUAAGGGCGAUUUGUUGUACGCGUACAAACUGAAACCUCCGACGCCUCCGCCGGUCCAAAAGCCAAGUCUGCUCGGAAGUCGACAGAAAACGCCCCCCUCUACGGAUCAGUUUCAUCUCGCCAAGUCUAGCUUGAAUCAUUUCCUGACGAAAGCUCCCAGUUCCAAAGAUGUCACAAAGACUUCUCUGCUGAAGGAUUUCUACUCGCUCAAGGGCUGUGCCAACGAGUACAUUCUGGACGAAUCGCAAGGAGAGUGUAAUUUUACGGAAAUGUGCGCCCACAACGCUGGAGUGGCGAAAAAGUACGGCAAAACGAGCGUGUCUUUCCUGUGGAACUUCAUCAGCCAACUGUACGCGUACUCUUCGAUCGCAAACCUAAAGCUGGAACAACGAAACUCAAACGCAAGCCAGGGCCAAAGCUCAAAUCGUCUGAUGGCACAAAACUCCAACCAGUCGAGCUCGGGCCGCCCCGAAGACAAAACUGGAAGCAAUCCAAACGUUGGCUCCGCUGGACAGGUUGUGAGCUGUACUGAUGACUUCCUAGAUUUCCUCAACCCCAAAAGCGAUCUAAACUCGCUCCUUUCCGGAAAAGGCCAGCUACUCUCCGUCGAACCAACCGGCUGUGACUUUGUGUUUGGCGAAACGGAACUCACCUUCGACAAUGUCAAAUCUUGCCGCGACGGCUUCCUCUACACCGGACCGCACGACCUAAUCAAAGACUACACGUUCCCCUCGUCAAACGUGAUGCACGAUCUGCAAGCUCACCCCAGGAAGGACCUCCGCGACAACGCCCAGGAAAACUCCCCACCACCAAACCCGCCCUCAUUCCUCAAAAUCAUCGAAAGCAAUCCCGUAAACCCGCCGCUCUGGCAACCCCACCAAGUCCUCGCUGACUGCCUCUGCCUUCAAACAGAAAUAGGAGACGUCCAAACCUCAUCCUGCAUCCUGCUGGCCCUCGGCGAACGCCGUCACAGUCUCCAGAUCGACCAGACCGUGUACGAAAAUUGGUUGCUUUCCUACAUCGAGCUGCUGCACCGCCAUCAGCUGUGGAACGAGGCGACGAGGGUCAUCAAGGCCGGAAGCUGGAUCCAAUCGGUGGCCGAGAUGAACCAACAGUCGACGACGAUGCACCUCAGCUGUGGGGACGGACGAUCGGUGCUGGGGUCCAAGUGCAGCGUGUGCAAUUCGGUCGUGCGCGGUCUGUACGCCUGGUGCCAGGGCUGUUCGCACGGUGGCCAUUUGUUGCAUCUGAAAAGCUGGUUCCAGAACAAUCCACGGUGCCCCAAGUGUGGCCACCUGUGCGAGUACGAGUAAGGUAGGUGUGUUUUUAUUUUAUUUUUCAGAGCUUUAUCGAUAUUUUUCUAAUAUAUUGUGGCUCGAUGUAA